UCACACACAACACACGCUCACACACAACACACGCUCACACACAACACAUGUGUAAGGCACUGGGCAGCCAGCCUGGUGUGAUUCCCAGGCACAGGAUGCUCAGCACACGCGUGUGCCAUGCGCGCUCCUGCAGCCGCAGGUGUGUGCAUCCCAUCCGAGCCGUGCCGGCGCCUGCAGCCAACGCGAGCACACGCGGGGGGCUCGGGGCUAUUUUUACCGGCCACUCGCAGCCCGGCUGCGCUUCCACCCUGCCCCUUCCAGCGCCGGUCCCCGCAGUGCGCGGCGCUCCCCAGCCCAGCCACACAGCACCCAGGUAAGGCUCUGCCCAGUGCGGGUCCAUGGGGAUGCCUCGGACAGAGGGUGCGAUGGGAAACGGCUGCUGAAAGCCCCAUUGUGGGAGCUGCUCUGGGAGCGUUUGCCUGCUUAUCCCAGUGUCUCUAGGAGGUGAGGCUCCUGUGGGAUGCCUCUGGGGUGCGAGGGGAUGUUGGGAGUGGUGGGGGUUGGAUUUAUGGUGCUGUUUCUUGUGAAGUUUCCCAGGAUCUAAUGGUUUAAUGAGCUUUUUAAGCUUUUCAUGGCUGGGGGUGGACAAAUAGUGCGGAAUAAACUCAUCCCGGUCCUCUUGUCCCCGUCAGGGAAUAAAGUCUCGUGGAUGCUCGAGGUCCAGCUGGAGCCCAAAAGUCCCUGCACAAGGCUGCUGGGGAUGUCUCACACUCCUGGCUGUCCCUUGGGAAGCCAAUUUAGGGCUCUUUGGCCUUAAAAAUCAAUUGACCUUGGUAGAGGUCGUUGGUGUGAGGGGUGGUGUGGGUCCCACCUUCCAGGGGUGCCGGCUGUGCUCCAACAGGGAAUGCUGGAGACGCUGAAAGGCUUUGCCCAGUCGCAGAGAGCCCAAAGGCUUCUCUGCCCCCCCCAGGGACAAACUGGAGCGAGCAGCUGAGACCUGACCCACUCAACACACCAGGGUCAGGAGAGAGGAGCUGCCUUCCCUGCCUGUGCUCCUGUUGUCCCCCCAGACCCCUCCGCACAGGCUCUGGCUGCACCCAACUGAUGUGGCUUUGGGGAGAAAAAAAGCUUUUGGGAUAUUUUCCAUGUAAACCCAGGUCAGGCUCUGAGGGAGAUGAUUCCUGCUGGGAUCUUUCGGCAUUUCCCACACAAACUCCAUUCCUUCAGGCUAUGGCAAUGGGGGGGGCUCGGGGACAGGACAGCUACAAGUGGAUGCAGCCGGGAUGUGCACUGGGAUUUGCUUGGCAAAGGCUCCAUGAAUCUGGGAGCAGCUGUUGGAGACCAGACCUGUUGCUUUUUCCUUCCCCCAGCAGGAAUCUUUGGGGUUCCAAAUAGAGGGGAAUGCAAAGAGAUUAAAGCAAACAAAAAAUGCAAGGAAAUUGAUUAAAUCCACCACUGGAAAAUACUGUUUCUGUCUGAAAUGUGGGAUCAGCUCCUUUCUCCUGGUUGGAAAGAGUCAACGAUUGAAUUGGUGGGCUUUUCCCCCCAUGCUUCUCUAUUACUUAGGUUUACACAGUGCCUCAGCUUCUUGGCAUGGGAGGGAAGUGCUGGAGGCAGUGGUGGGAAGCAGUGCAGUUGGGAAUGCUGGAGGCAGUGCAGUUGGGAAUGCUGGAGGCAGUGCAGUUGGGAAUGCUGGAGGCAGUGCUGCGAAGCAGUGAAGCUGGGAAUGCUGGAGACAGAGCUGUGAAACAGUGCAGUUGGGAAUGCUGGAUGGAGUGCGGUGAAGAAAUGCAGUUGGGAAUGCUGGAGGCAGUGCUGGGAAGCAGAGCUGUUGGAAUGCUGGGAAGCAGUGCAGUUGGGAAUGCUGGAGGCAGUGCUGGGAAGCAGAGCUGUUGGAAGCAGCUGCCAGGGCAUAGGAUUACCUAGGACAUUUAAACCAUGAGCCCGUGCGUGUUUCACCAGCGCUGGGGCUGCCGCAGGGAUCUGUUCAGCUGCUUCCCUGUGAUGCUUUGUCCUUUGCUCUGCCACUCCUGAGAUGGAUUUUGGCUCCAGCACCCUUGUGGCUGCCAAUGGGGAGCUGUGGGAUGGGACGCUCCGAGCUCACAUGGUGCAGGGACCCCCCAUUUCUCCUUCUCUUUCCAUCCCCACUCUCAUCCAUCCCCUCUCCCUGAGCCGGGGUGGGUGAUGGAGUCCAUGUGGGAGCAGCUCCGUGCUUGGGAAAACCCCUAAGGAGCAGAGCCCGAGUCCUGCAGGGCCGGCUGGAGGCAGGUUGGAGCUUGCCUGCAAUGAGCUUGCCCCAGGUUGUCUUGGUGCUUCCCAGCGGGAUGGAGUCGCUUCCCUCCGCUGACAGCACGGGGCAGCACCGGACCUCAGGACAUCUCGUGCUCCGCGUUCGGGUGGAUUCAGGAUUUGCUCCUUUGUUUCGGCUUCUUUCCCUUUUUUGGUACAGAAAAUCCAAGAUCACAGCCUCACGCAAGCUCUUGUUGAAGAGCCUGAUGCUGGCAAAAGCAAAGGAAGAGUGGGAUCAGGAGAUUGUGGACAAGCAGGCAGAGAAGGAGAGGUACCUGUCUGAGCGCAUCACACCGCUGCGCACCACUGGGCUUUCCUUGAGCCAGCUCCAGGACCUGUGCAGGGAACUGCAUGAGAAGGUUGAAAUCGUGGAUGAAGAGAGAUAUGACAUCGAAGCAAAAUGCAACCAUAACACUCGGGAGAUUAAAGACCUGAAGAUCAAAGUGCUGGAUCUCCGAGGGAAGUUCAAGCGGCCUCCGCUGCGCCGUGUCCGUGUGUCUGCCGAUGCCAUGCUGAGGGCUCUGCUGGGCUCCAAGCACAAGGUGUCCAUGGACCUGAGAGCCAACCUAAAGUCCGUCAAGAAGGAGGACACGGAGAAGGAGCGCCCUGUGGAAGUGGGCGACUGGCGCAAGAAUGUGGAGGCCAUGUCAGGGAUGGAGGGAAGGAAGAAGAUGUUUGAUGCUGCCAAGUCCCCCACUGGCCAGUAAGAGGAGCAUCGGGAAGAAGAGCCUCCCCACCCCUGCUGCUGCCACCCUUUCCCCUGCUGCCCCUUUGCUCUUCACACCCUUACCCUGAGCUGCAACGCAUGAACAACUGUGUGGAAAGGAGAUCUGAGCUUCUUCCUCUCAGCUCUGCCAUCAGCCCUGCUCCCCCACUGCCUUGGCACUAUCACCCCCAUGGGCCAUGCUGUCUCCAAGGGGGCACUGCCCACCCUUCCCCUUCCACCACUGCAGAGAGGCCCUGGAGGUGGCUGCUGGUCCUCCCAAACCCCCAUCCUCCAGCGGUGCAGCCUAAGAUGUACCCCCCCAUGGCUGCAUGUGUAUUAAAGGAUGGUUUCCCAGGCA